CCGUUGGUGCUGUGCCGUCUGCGGUCACGUGAGAGUACGUCGGGCAAUCUGGUGCAGGAGGUGAUUGUGCGAAUAAGAAGCGGAGUUUAACGAAAACCAAUUUUCGAUUGCGCAUUCGGAUCGGAAAGCCUAUGUGUAGAUCUUUGAUAGUGAACGAGGAUAUAUGGCUAAUCAUCGAUUCGGAAGUGUGUCAGAGGAAGAAAACACAACAAAGAAACAAUAACAACAUUUUUCUGAACCCCAAAGAAAUAUAGAAAAUUAAUAUAGACAAGAAGAGAAGGAGAGAGAGAGAGGAAAAAGAGCAGUUAUCUGUUGCAACUACGAGCAGUUGACCCAGCGGAGUGACUCAGACGUGUCGAGACGCUGAGCUGAAUGAAUUGGGUUCGCAUAGGGGCGUCUCCUCGUCAAUUAGCAGUGCGAACUCGUUUGUUCGGCUAAGUCCUCCUUCUCACGCUGGAUUCUGGAGGUGAAAUAUCUACGACUAAAUUCAGGAUUUUCUUUCUUUAGUUAAGAUAUAAAAUAAUAAAAACAAAAUAGAUUAGUGUCACAAGUGAUGACAAGGCGAGACAAAGGCUUCUGGUAAAAGAAAAGAAAAAAAAAAAAACUGUUUUCUGUGUACAAAAUACAGGAAGUCAACAACAAUGUCGGGUUCUCCACUCAUACGCUCUUCACCCUCAAUGAGUGAAUUAUGGGAACUGAACACAAUGGAGAGACGCUACUCCGUGCCGCCCUCCACGAUCUCAGAGCCGCGCCCGCCCCCGCCCACGCGCCCAGCGGGGUCGGCGCUGCUCACCGCCAGCGAGGACCUCCACGCCUGGUCCAUCUACCGCCAGAACCUCAACUCCGACUUCACGGACACCGCCUUGGGCUCUCAGGACAAGGCGCCGCUCCCCUACGGGAAUUUCCAGCUGCGGGAGUCCACCGUGCACUCUAUACUCAAUAAUCCCAGAUACGGCCCCAAGAGCGAACUCGGAUCCAACAUGUUCACAUACCUCAAGUUCGGCCUCCCGCGCGUGUUCCCCCCAACCGCUCGAGGGCGAGAUGGGAGCAGCGGCUACGACUCGAGUGAUGAUGGAGGAGGAGGUCGAGGAGGAGGAGGAGGAGGAGGAGGAGGAGGAGGAGAUGGAUCGCCGCUAGGAAGAGGAGAUAGAUACACGAGGAGCAAAAGCAAUCCGGAUUUGCUCGCGGCUCGGGACUGGCACACACCGCCGUCCACGAGAGAGGCCAGGGUCAAGAGUUCGAGUGAAGCCAAUCUACUAGCUUCCGACGGCUUUUAUAGAGAUAGAAGAGCUAUUAGACCCAUUAGUAAGCUCGGCGGAUCACAGAUGUCGCUAGUUUCCCGCCAAUCUCGCCGGUCCCGGCAACAUGGCGCGAUCUUCAACCAGCCCCCCGACGCCAACGGCUACCGCGACCCGCCCAUGCUCAACGACAAGCUGUUCCCCCGCGACAACCCCUGGCCGGACGAGGGCGGGAUGGGCGCGAAGGGACCCCACCUGCAGGUCCGCGGCUUGGUGUACGAGACCCGCGGGCGUGGUGGGCGGACUCACCUCCUGGACGGGAUCUCCCUGGAGGCGCGUGGAGGCGAGGUCCUGGCUGUCAUGGCGACCAAUGACUCCGAGGGCUCCUGCCUCCUGGACGUCCUGGCGAACCGGCACGGGAAGUGGGGCGGGCGCCUCCGGGGGGACUUCAUCCUCAACGGACACCACGUCAAGCCGUCCAAGGUGGCGGACAGGUCGGCCUACGUGCAGCAGGACGUGAACUUCUGCCCGGACAUGAGCGUGAGACAAACGCUGCUUCUCCAUUCCUUCUUCAGGUCAUCCGGCGACGUCACCAGGGUCAGGGAGGUCAAAGCCAGGAUCAAUGGGCUCAUCAACGACCUCGGCCUCGAGCAAGUCCGCCACACCCGCGUCAAGGACCUGACCCUGAGUGAGCGGCGGAGGUUGAACGUGGCGUGUCACCUGCUCCUCGAGACGGAUGUGGUGCUCCUCGACCAGCCCACGCGAGGGAUGGACAUCUUCGACACCUUCUUCUUGGUCGAGUACCUGAGGCAGUGGGCGUGUCGAGGGAGGAUUGUGAUCCUGACCAUUCAGCCUCCAACGUAUGAGAUAUUUACAAUGAUCUCCCGUGUGGCGCUCAUCUCAACGGGCCGCCUCAUGUACUUCGGACGUCGGAGGGAGAUGCUGCCUUACUUUGCCUUCAUUGAGUACCCAUGCCCAGCCUACAAGAACCCGUCUGAUUACUACCUUGACCUUGUGACCCUGGAUGACCUUAGUGCAGAGGCCAUGCUGGAAUCCUCCCAGAGGGUUGAGAUGCUGGCCGAGACCUUCAGGAGACGUCAGGAGGCCCUCAGCGAUCCUGGCCCCCCUGGCCCUCUUCCUCCCAAAGUCCGCACGGAGAACAUCUGCAUGCAGCUCCUUGGCUUGUGGAUUCGUGCCAUGAUCUACCAGUUCCCAUACAACAUGAUGCACUGGCUGGGCAUGACAAUGGUAGCGGGCAUCAUGUCUCUCCUUGUGGGUGCCGUGUUUUGGGAUGUGCGAAGUGCCCAGACACAGCAUCAGGAAAGCGUCAAUAACAGGGCUGGGUUCCACUAUUCCAUGACUGGUAUUGCUCUGUGGCCUGUGCUCCUCAUGGCUAUUUCGGAAGUUUGGAGAGACAAGCCAGCAGUAGCAAGGGACAUUGGAGAUGGACUAUACUCUAGGGGGAUAUAUAUCAUAACUAAAAUAUGCUACAGCUUCUUAGCAGCUGGAGGUGUAUUUUUGGCAUACAUUCUCCCAGCUUACACUCUUGCUGGAUUUCCCUCAGCUGAGAAGUUCUACAUUUAUGUUGGGUACAUGCUCCUGUACCUCUUUUCCGCUCGAUCUAUAGCCAUUGCCUCUGCCUGCCUGUUCAACACACGUCACAUGGCUGCUAUGUCCACUGCCAUUGUACUUACAGUGGCCACAAUAGGCUCAGGCUUCACUGUACAUCCCUUGGAUAUGUCAGUGUGGACUUGGCCGACAUUAUGGUGGUCUCCCGUCAGGUGGAUCCUGCACGAAGUAAAUCGCUACGAAUUUAACAGCAAGAGCGAGUUCCUGUGUGACCGUAAUCCUGUGCUCCAGGAUUCUCUCUCCGUAAUCCAGAGAAAGGCUCCUUGUGGUGUUGUCACUGGUGCUCAAGCCCUAAGGUACAUGGGUCUCCCUGAAGCCUCACUCCCCGACGUCUUUUACCCUGCCGUCUUCAUAGUUGUGGCAUACCUAGUGGGUCAGGUGGUCACCAUCAUCGCUUUCAUCUUGUGCAAGAAACCCAAUCGAACGAAGAAGUAUAGGACUGAGUAGAUUUUAUGUAUUAGUUUUAGGUUGUCUUUUUUUUCUGUUAGCUUUAGCUAGUUAUUUAUAAGAAAAAAUUGUGAUUUUUUUGUAUUACUUUUGUAUGUUUUGACUUUUUUCUGAAGAAUGGUUUCAUUCCAUGGAAAAUGCUCAUAUAUAUUCUUAUGCAUAUACUUACCAUGUGAUCUGAUGACAGAAUGAUUUUGAAAUGCAUUUAUAUUUUGAUGGUUUAAUGAGAAUUUAGUGUAGAUUCCACAGUUUUGAAUACAUCUUUUGUAUGGAAUUAGCAGUAUUGUUGUUACAUGUAACUUAUUAUGGAAGUAACUGAAAAUGAGAGAGAGAGAGAGAGAGAGAGAGAGAGAGAGAGAGAGAGAGAGAGAGAGAGAGAGAGCGAGCGAGCGAGCGAGCGAGCGCAAGAGUGUGAGAGAGCACUUCUCAGGUGUCGUAAUGUUAAUAAGCAUCACAGGUUUUAAUUAAUUUAAUUACGAAUACAUUGCCAUUUGACUUUGUAUUAAGAAUGUAUUACUGUGCAGUCAGUAGUGUGUUAUUGUUUUGAAUGUUUGAAAUAUAUUGCAUAUUUGUAUUACAUUGUUCAUAGGCUAAGAUAGAAAACCAAUGAAGCAAAUUUGAUGAGUCUUGUUAAGAAGAGGCACGAGAAACAACAACCAUAUUCAGUGUUUUUGCUGAGCAUGUGCUGUUUUGUGUUAAUACUGUGCAUAACAUAUCAUCUAAGUAUUGCUGUUGUAUAUAUCAUAACUUUACUACACUCUUCAUUAAUCUUCAUUUAUGACAACGAAAUUCAUUUAAGGGCAGUGUGCCAUGUAACCCAUAUAUACAAAAGAAAAAGAUAUAUUAAGGAAAUGCAGUUGGUCAUUUAUUAUGUUAGAAUUUUAAAUCAUAGACAUGUUAUUGUUAUCAGAAUGUGAUGAAUUACAAUAAGUUUUUUAAGAAUUAUUUUCAAUGUCUUCAUUAAUAUUUUUCUUUAGUAUGUGUACAAUUCUAAGAAGCAGAAAUUGUUAUAAAAACCUAUCAGGGCAUUCGAUUCAACAAGAGUGAAUUUUUAUUUCAGAUUUUUUUCAUUCUUUGUGUAAAUGUGUGUCAAUUUUGGCUAGUAAUCUUCUUGUAAACUUAUUGUCUUAAUAUUUAUUGCUAAUAUUUUUUGUAUUUUAUACUAAUAUUUCAGUAUUAUUGAUUAAGCUAUAUAUAACUAUAUAAAACAUUAUCAUUUACCUAGUCCAAUGCAAUAAUUGAAAAUGGAACUAGAGAAAACUGAAUGAUUAACAUAUAUGAUACAAAAGCUAUUAAGAUAGUAUGAAUUAGCAAGAAGUGAAUCUUGGAAGGUCACUUUUUAACUGUGCAAUUUUGUAGAAAAAGAGAUAUUAAUUCUUUCUCUGGUGUGAAAUGGCAAAGAUAUCCAGUACUGGAUAAUGUACAAUUAUGUAAUUUUAUAUGUUUUAGAAACCCUAAGAUGAUUUCAGGGAUUUGGGGGGAACAUCAGAUGCAUAUUAGUUGUAUUUGCUGAUAUAUUUACGAAUAAGCACAUUUCUCUGAGUUAAAAUGCCCUGAAAUAUGGAAAGUGUAAAUCACUGUUAGUCUGUAAGGAGAAAAUAGACCACAUAAUAUGCUCACUACACUGACAUGUGUAUCCUGUAUUUUCUGUAUAAUAUUUCAUUACUAUUUAUUUUUUCUCAAAUACAUACUUUUCAUCAUCAUGAAGGUGCUGUUUGUAUCUAACUUUUGCAUGAAUACGCUAAAAAUCUAUUAUUGCAAAGACAGUUUAUACUUUAAGCAUCUCAGUGAAAAAAGCAAGAAAAAUGAGUUGUUUUCAUUUCAGAAUGAAUAAUUUUGUUACAAC